AUGGUGGUAAUGGAUGAAAACGAUUUAAUUUGGCCCGUUGCCCCACUCACUGUUGUAAACAUGGCCAGUUCUCUCACUCAGAAGUGCACGGUUAUUGACUGCCGCUCGUUUCUGUCAUUCAACUCUGCCCACAUCAGAGGCGCGCUAAACGUACACUGCCCACCUAUCUUGAAACGAAGACUCCAUCGAGGUUCAUCGACUCUAGACUGCCUUCUAACAUCACCUGAAUCAAAACGACGUCUCGCGGAGGCAGAAACUUUGAUUUUAUACGAGGACAGAACACAAGACUGGAGCGAACUGGAAAAGGAUAACACAAUGAGGAUUAUUUUCAUGCUUUUAAGAAGAGAAAGAAUAGAUAAGAACCUAUAUUUCAUCAAAGGUAGGUUUCUGUCCUUCAUUAUCGAUUUCUUACUUGGUUGUGUAGUACUAAGUUUCGAUCUAUUGUUAAGAUGGCCACGUGUUUAUUGCCUGUGUGACUACUUCUUUAUCAUAUCAGAUCAUCGUUAUUUCUAAAUCACGCCAUUUUCGGAUCGUAUAUUCGUGGUUUCAGUUUCAAGCUAAAUCGAUGAAGGGGUAAAGGCCACCGAAUAUCCAUCGGCUAGUUUCGCUUGAAUGACUGAAGUGAAUGUUGUGAUAAAUACAACAAAACAAAGCUAAAACGUAGUUAUGAGUACAUAUUAAUUAUGUGUGCUUUUCAUUUAGUAUUCAUGAAUGAAUGAGUUUCUUUGUCUUAAAAAUGGAGGGAACUUUCUAAGAGCAAAACAAAGGAUCACGUGUAGUCAUCAUCCGUCCCAGUUUCCUUCAGUAAAACAAAUCAGCGAUUUUUUUUCCCUCGGAUAUCCUUGAAUACCAAAUGUUUCCGUUGCAGAUGUGCGGAUCGUUUUAUUCACGGUCAUUUUUAGCUUUUGUUUUUCUUGCCACAACCGGUUAUCCCGAAUCCACUAACACGCAGAAACGUGAUUUAUCUCGAAACCAGUGUUUUCAAGCACCCUUUUUAAACAAAGAUACUCAUUUAACGAGUUAACUUUCGCAAUACUUGUUUAGAUGUAUUUAUAAUAUUUAUUAACUUUCACACUUUAAAAGUUGACCACAGGAAAAUUUUAAUAAAGGCUUUUCUUUUCUCUUUGAACAACAGUUAAACAGUUGAACCGCUUUCACUGAAUCUGGCACUUAAUGACAUUACGUCACAUUUGUUAGUCAUGGUUCACAGAGACACGUACCUCGCGACUCUCGGAAAUAAUUUGGUCGCGAAAAGCCGAUGUUGGCUUGGGAAUUUCAUAGCAAUAAGUCUUCCUUUGGCUACACUAAAAAUAGACUUCCUUUAAUAUGAGUUUUUUAUUGAGUGUUAUUUCCUCGUAAGUGUUUUUUUAGUGUUUGACUUAAUUUUGAUCCCCUUGUCAUUUUUCAGGAGGCUUUGAAAGAUUUUCGACAUCGUAUCCUUCUAUGUGCUACUUCGCCAAGCCAAAUGUUGCCGCACCGGCCACCCCCAGCCCGCUUGGAUUAAAACUUAAAAGUAAAGAUUCAAAAAGGACAUAUAGCCCCAGAUAUGAUACAGAAUGCAAAGACUGUGAAAAAAGAUCAAGUUCUUCAGUAAAGCAAAACGAGCCGGUUGAAAUUCUACCGCAUUUGUAUAUAGGAAGUGAAAUUCACGCUUCGCAAAAAGAGCUACUUCAACGACUCGGAAUCACAUCUAUCGUGAAUGUAUCAAGAAACAUCCCGAACUUUUUUGAAGGAACAUUUUACUACAAAUCAAUCCCUGUGGAUGACACAUAUAAUGCAGAUAUUGGUAGUUGGUUUGAAGAGGCAGCCGAAUUCAUCGGUGAGAAAAAGUUUCCUGUCUUUAAACCCAAAAUAAAACUGUGUGAAACUUGGUUUAACUCGUUACUAAUUUGUUUUACGAGAAAAAAAGUUUAUACUGACGAGAACAGGCUGGAUGGCGCACUGUCAAUUAUAUUUUAAAAUACUUUUAAUUGCCUAGUGUUAGUCAAUUGUGAUGGUACGAUAAAAUUAUAAGGCGGUAAGAUAUUCUACUGUAAAUACUGGUAAACCGCAGCUUGGAGGAAUUAGUAAAUGUUUUGUAAACAGUUCGUGGGUGUGAACGAGAUCACGUUUUACAAAAGUCCAACGUAUUCUCUUUCCCGACUUCUAAUAGUUGUAUAAUUGGUUUACAGUGUUUGAUUGCUUGUCUAACGUUUUGUUUCUACUGUUUUUCAUUGUAGAUUCAGUAAAGGACUCCAAAGGCCGAGUAUUAGUUCACUGUCAAGCUGGUAUUUCACGAUCAGCAACCAUCUGUCUUGCGUACCUUAUCCGUCGAUACAGGCUCCGCCUUGACGAAGCAUAUGAAUAUGUGAAGAAGCGACGAUCUGUCAUCUCUCCUAACUUCAACUUUAUGGGACAAUUAUUGAACUGGGAAACUGAGACUCAUUCAAAUGAACUAACAUCAAGUAAUGAACUGUUGUCGGGCACUCCCACGAAUAGCUCUAGCUCUUCUUCCUAUGGUUUCUUUAGCUUUCCUUCUUUUCCGUGUGGAUCAGAAUUAACGACUGCGAAGCAGAACUCACCUGGGCUUGUUACUUCGCCUUAGAUAAUUAGAGUGAGUCCAAGUGAUUACAUUCAGAGGAAGAAAUGCGCAGAAAAUUUGUAAAGCCUUUACAUCGGGCCCUUUGAAUCCCCAGUCGCCAGGGCUGAAAAUCAUCGUUAUCAUUUCAUAUCAUUGUUAUUUCUAGAGUUAAAUUUAUUCAUUUUCCAUUAUUCUUUCGAUCAGUCGCGUUCUUUGCUGCUCUUGACUUUUCUUCUGAAAUUUUUUUAAUGGAUUCAUUACCCAUGUUGCUCAUUUUAAACCACUUAACCCUUCAACUCCCAAUAGUGACCAACGUCAUUUUUCUCCUUACAAUAUUCAUACAAAAUCAAUAGAAAAGGUUAUAAGAAUUGGUAAAAUGAUCGUCAAAGGGGGAAUGCUUUGAUAUGUUAUCAAAUUCUCCCAACUUAUUCUCUAAGGAAAUGUAUGGAGACAGGCUGGAGAAUUUGUAUGUGGAUAUUGGGACUUGAAGGGUUACUGAGAUGUGGAGAAGUAAUAUCAAUCUCAACUCUUAGCAGAAUUCUAGCAUUGCUGUUCUUAAAUACUGUUCUGAAAAAAUUACCAAAAUUUAUAACUCUAGAUAAUUUGUUAUCUUAGCUUUAAUGAGACACGACUUCUCAUAAGUCAUAGCUUUUUACGUGCCCAAACGACAUAACUGAACAAAAUAUUGAGAAAUGUUACAGAGAAGAAAUAUUUUUUUCAACUCAAGUGGCUAUUGGAUUAAAUAAUGAGCCUCAUGAAGUUUUGUACAAUAUGUUGAUAGAAUUUAAUAUAAAAAUAAGAUAAAUAUACCCAGGGAUAU